CCUUCACCAGUCAAGUUCGAUUGUUGUUACGAACAGGCCACUGGAAGGAAGUCUGUCAGAGACAUUCUGACAAGUGUGUACUAGUAGUGUGUGACCAGUAUCGUCGUCUCCCAUAGGCCAAAACCUUUGAAAUGCGCUUCUUUGUGGUUCUAGCCGCCUUUCUGGCCGUGGCAUCGGCUGAUAUAGGGAUCAAGCUGCGCCAGGGAGCAGCGGCCGGUAGCAGUAGCUACGCCGGUAGCCAAAGCGCAGUGAGCAUCGAUUACUCACCCGCCGUCUUCGAAGACACGAUCGUCGGUGGAGGUGCAUCCGGUGCCAGUGCUGGCUCAUACGGUGGAGCCGGCUCGUACGGCGGCGCUUCCUCCGGAGCGUCCAGCAAUGCCUACGCAGGCGCUGCCAGCGGUGCACAGUACAACCAGGCGGGACUUUUGGCGGUGCUGGUGCAUCUGCCGGUUCGUCUGCAUCGGCCGGCUCAUUCGGUGGGGCCGGUUCAUUCGCAGGAUCUAACGCCGACAGCUUCGCUACCGGCAGCUCGUCCGGAGCUUCCGCCAGCGCUUCCAGCUCGGCCAAUGCUGGAGUCAACAUCAUCACUUUGCCAACGGAGAUCAAGAAGCACUUCUACUAUCACGUAGCGCAGGACGAUGCGAUUGCUGAAACCGAAACCAAAACCCUCACCAUCACGCCCCGCCAGCACUACAAGGUCAUCUUCAUCAAGGCCCCGUCUGCCAGCGCCAACGCCGGUGCAUCGUCCAAGGCAGCCAGCAAAAUAGAUGAGAAGACGAUCGUCUACGUGCUCGUCAACAAGCCGGCCAAGGCAAAUGCCACUAGUGAGGCCGAGGCAAGCUCGUUCUCCUCUGGUAAGCCGGAGGUAUACUUCGUCAAGUACCAGGGUGCUCAGGCUACCUCUAGCUCAAGCUCUAAUUCGCAAUCGGGUGGAUCGAUUGCCAUCAGCAAUGCCAAUGCUGGCGCUGGUGCCAAUGCUAUCUCUGGCGCUGGUGCCAAUGCUUACUCUGGCGCUGGUGCCAAUGCUUACUCUGGCGCUGGUGCUGGAUCCCGUGGUGCCGGUAUCAUCACUGGUGCAAAUUCACUCGCUAAUGCUGGUGCAUUGGCCGGAAACAGCGGAUACAACUCUGUCGGAGCUUCUGCCCAAGCUGCUGCCCGAUCCACGGCCGGAGGACUGGCAUUUGCGCCCUAGUAUGGCCCGCACACAGGAAGAAAGGCGAUUCCAAAGCGUCUGUGUUCAGCCUCAACGGCUGGAACGAUGCAGCAUUACUCAAGGAAAUCGAACAGUCACAUUGAAAAACCGAACAAGUACGAAUCGCACAGAUUUGGCUCAAACCAGAAAUAAUGAGUCGAGCUGACGGCUUCGUGAUGUAACUAGUAUCUUUCGAGUAGAGCUUUCCCCUCUACACGUAUUCCUUUGCCUCUUCCUCUUAGUCACCGUGAUCAGGACUUUUCCUCUCCCUUUGUACAUUAAACGUAAGCAACGUAAGAUAGGUUUAUUUUUCCCUUGAGCGUCGUCGAACGAUCUGGACGUGGGUGACAGUAACGAUCUAGUAGAAUGGAGUUUUGUGUGUACGUAUAGUGAGAAGAAGCCAGCAAUUGUAUCAUAAUAAAAGCGUAUCCACACACA